UACGAAGAAAUAGAAAAGGAGUUGGAGGAGCUUCAAGGAAUUGUAGUAACCAUCCAGGAAAUUAACACAAAGUUGCACAAUUUAACAAACAAUGAGAAAAAGAAUAUUGGCUCAUCUGGAGGAUCACCAUCAUCAUGGCCAUUGUACCAAAAAGUACAUGACGUACUUGGCCCUUUUCGGAAAUAUAAUCUUGAGGAUGUUGUCUAAGACACCAUAUCAGGUUUGUAAAAUAGGACAUUAGACCUGACCAAUUCCGCGCCAAUUAUGCCUCUCAUAAGUUGUCUACAUUGAGUGCAACAAAACUUAUUCAAGAAGCAAUCCAAAUAAAUAACUAUUGUACUACCCUUUUCCAUAACUGCGAA